AUGGUGCACGCCGAGGACAUCCCACCGGACACCAAGAACCAACAGGACGAUGGCAACAUCGAAGGCAUGCAGAGCGAGCAUCACGAAACAUCUACAACCAACGCACACAGCCAACAGUCUGCAGUACAGGCAGCAUCUGUGCAGGCUCACCAGAGACAAAGAAUUGCCCAGUUGGAGGAGAAGCUAGAGGCUCUCGAGUCGGGGCGUGUGGUCAAAGAAAAGCAAGCAAACUAUUACACGGCUCAGGGAAGGGCGAUCAGGCACAUUGUUGCUCUAUUCGAUAACGUUGAGGACCUCGUUGCUGAAAACAAUCAAAGAUAUGAAGGUGGCGACGAAGACCAUACUAUUGACCAAGAUCAGCUACAAAUAGGGUAUGUCACCCUCUCAACCACCUUACCGUGGCUUUACAGGAAUGGGUCGGAGAUGGAGCACGAUGAAUACAUGCAGAUGUUGAAAAUGCUUCGGCAGGGGGCUGACAGUGCUCGAGGUGACAAUACCUCGAAGCUCAAGGCUCUUGUUUCCGAAUGGGUCAAUCAGGAAUUCAAGCCAGAUUCACCAGUCGACUCCAAUGACAAACAUACCCGUGGAUUCUCCAACGAUGCAUGCGGCAGGCUGCUUUGCCCUGCCAAACUAGAUUGGAACAACCCAGUGGUCCAGGCAGGCAUUCGAGAUCGCUCAGAGGGCUAUAUCGUGACGGAUCUCUCCUUUCCGGCCUACCUGUACGAUGGGUAUACUGCCAAUCCGGAUGAUCUGGAGGAGGGUUUGUUCAAAGGCAAAAUACUCAUUCAGGGAUAUAAAGCCGUGUUCACGUCACCUUCCUCAGCAAAGGACGUCGAAGGUGAUGGGGAUGGAGCAGAUAUCAUCCAGAACAACAGACGCACCAGGAAGUCUUUCAACGGAGCUAAGGUCAAAAAACACGUAGCGCAGAUCAUCAAUAUGAAAAAGGUCACUCCUUGCUCAAUCGCGUACAUUGCGUGCCUAGUUCGAUUCUCACUUUCUUCAGUUACAUCAUGGCGGUCUGUUGAUGGCGAUUUUGACUAUGUUCAAUUCUGGUGUACUAUUGUUGACUUCUUUGAAAGGCCCCCUGGUCGAGAUGCGCAGCGCAGGGUCAACAAGCUUCUCAAGUGGUGGAGUAGGAAGGUUUUUGGACGGAGCCACCAUAACGACAUCAGCAACGUGGCGAAGGCCAGAAUGUCCGUCAAUGCCCUCACAAUGCAGAGGGCACAAUGCAAUGAUGCGGCCUUUGACUCGGCCUAG